AUCGCGAUUCCGGCCAAACAUGGUCUCGGAAAUCACCAAACGAGUUAUUAAAAUGGGAAAUGCAAACAGUCUCAAACAUCAUUUAGAAAAUGCUCAGAAGACCGGAGUGUGCGCUCUUCCAAAGAGGGGACUGAGUGAGGUCCCCGCAGAUCUUCUGAAGGUGGCCGCCAGUCUGCGCACCUUGGAUCUCUCGGAAAACAAACUCUCUUCUCUACCGAGUAGCAUGCAGGCAUUUCCACAACUGAAACAUCUGAACUGUUCUCAAAACAAAUUGACACAACUGCCCGACACCUUGGGGGCUUUGACCAAGCUGGAAACAUUGCUGAUGUCGUACAACAAGAUCACCAAGCUGCCGGACAUGCUCAGCGCACUGAAAAAUCUGAAAACAGUCAACCUCAGUCACAACCAGCUGUCGGAGGUGCCGGGCUGUCUGCUGUCGCUGCCGCAGUUGGACGUGCUCGACCUUUCCAGCAACCUCGUAACGAGCGUGCCGGCCUCGGCGGCGGCACUGCGCUGCUCCGAGCUCAACCUCAACGAUAAUCAGAUAAACCGCGUCUCCGCGGAGCUAGCCGACUGCGAGCGGCUGAAGAUCCUGCGUCUGGAGAGCAACUGUCUGUCGCUGGACGAGUUUCCGGCGCGGCUGCUGGCCGACUCGCACGUCUCCCUGCUGGCGCUCGACGGUAACGUUUUCGAGGUGAAGCAGCUCGCCGAGCUGGACGGCUACGAUAAG